AUGACAAGACAAGAAGGCGUGGCCGUACUUCUGAUCAUCGCUUUGACAACGGUGACACCCGUUACUGGCGCGGGUCCCAUCCCCCUUACUCCGGAGGAAGAGGCGCAAAGAGACGAUGCUGCGGCUGAUAUGGCUAACCUUCCAGCCGAGGAUCAUGUGAUGACAGUGUUCCUCAGGGAAGAGAUAUUUGUCUCAGAGAAGAUGAAACAGUUUGCAGUGGAGAUUCACUAUCUAGUGGCAACUGAUUUUUGCUCUACAAAAGAUUUAUGUUUUAGAGAAGAUGAAAGUUCAUCUGUUUUCCCAGCUGGUAUGUAUGAUAUUGGAAAAACCAUCAAUGGAACCAUGACGCCAUCUCAGAUACAUGAUGAGAUUCAGAAAAUGCCUGUGGAAGACAAGUUUAUGCUGCUGAAGCAUCAUAGUGUUCCAACCCCAAACCACACUUUCCCUAGCAGUUACACUGGCGGGUGCUAUCGUUCUUUCAAACAGGCCUGGUUAAAGGAACAUCCGUGGAUGGUCUACAGUACACAUCUUGAUGGAGCCUAUUGUAUGUCAUGUGUUCUCUUUUGUAAUGACAGGCAAGGGAAGGGUAUAUUCAUAAAUAAACCCUUUACAGCAUGGCAAAAACGUUCAGAAAAAUGCAGAGAGCACGAAAAAACGAAAUACCAUCAGGACUCUUUGCAAGUAGCAGAAUCAUGUCUUGCAGCCUAUGAAAAGCCAGAGAAAAACAUUCAGCACAUGAUUGAUGAGAAGAAAGCAGCCAACCGAGAAAGAAACAGGGCCGUGGUCAGAAACAUUGCUGAUAUAGUUUUACUGUGUGCAAGGCAAUGCAUCGCCUUGAGGGGAGACAGUGAACAGCCAGAUUCAACAGGCAACCCAGGCAAUUUCCUGAGCAUUCUGAGAUUUUUGUCCAAGAGGGAUCCUGUGAUGAAAGAACACUUGGACUCUCCUGCCAUGCGAAAUGCAACAUAUAUGUCACCACAGACGCAAAAUGAAGUGAUAGAUAUUUUAGCGAAAGACAUUGUCUUGGCUAAUAUAACAAGAGAAGUUCAGGAGGCAAAGUUCUUUGCAGUACUUGCAGAUGAAAUCUCUUCCCAUAACUCAGAACACUUAGCUUUGUGUGUGCGGUUUGUUGAUAAGGAUUCAUGCAUAAGGGAGGAGUUCUUGAAGUUUUUGCCUCUUCAGCGCAUCACUGGUGAGAAUGUGGCCAGGGAAAUCCUACAGGCCUUGGAAGAUGUCGGCCUUAACAGCGAGGACAUCAGAGGACAAGGAUAUGAUGGUGCUCCAAAUAUGUCUUCUGGCAAGGUGGGUGUCCAGGCAAGGAUUAAAGAGGUAGCACCUCUUGCGACGUACAGCCAUUGUGGUGGACACUGUUUGAAUCUGGUCAUUAGCCACAGCAGCUCUAUACCAAAUGUCAGGAAUGUGGUAGACAAGUUAAAGCACUGUUGUCGAUUCUUCCAGAACAGUCCAAAGAAGGAAGGGUUGCUGGACCUCAUCGCAAAGACCAAUACCUUUGGAGAGGGUAGAAGGAAGGUCUUAUUAGACUUAUGUAGGACCAGGUGGGCAGAGCGACAUGGUGCGUACCAGCACUUCUACACUGGAUACACCUUUUUGGUCGAGGCAUUAGAAGUCAUUGGAUUCAGGCUCUAUGAAGAAGAAUACAGUGAAUACCAAGAUUGGGAUCCAGGCAACAGAAGCGAGGCUCAACAAAUCCUGUCAAGCAUAACCUCAUUUGAAUUAAUAAUUACAUUUCUGACCAUAUAUCAGUACUUAUCACACCUCUCAGGGAUUACGAUAAAACUCCAAAACUCCGCUCUGGAUAUUAUUCAAGCACACAGCAUGGUUGCAGAAGUGCAGGAGUUCUACUUGAAGGAAAGAGAAAAGGUCACAGAGUCGUUUCAGUUGAUAUAUGACCAAGCAGUGCGGAUGGCCGAGAAGGUCGGUGUUCAGCCAAGCAAGCCCAGAAUUUCUCAGAGGCAGAAACAUAGGGGCAACGCUCCUGCAGAAACUGUGUUUGACCACUACAAAGUUAAUGUUGCCAUUCCUUUCUUGGAGCAUAUCAGUAAUAAUCUGAAUGCUAAAUUCUCUGGUUUGUCAACCACAGCCUCUUCCCUCCUGGGAUUGCUGCCAUCAGUGAUCUGUGAGCGAGAGAUGGAUGUCACAGAUAUUGUCAGUACUUAUGAGAAAGAUCUUCCCUCCCCAGAGCUAGUACCUCUAGAAGUGAGAAGAUGGGAAAACAGAUUUGACAAAGUGCCAGAAACGGAGAGACCAAAUAGCCCAGCACUUGCCAUAAAAAAGUGUGAUCCUGAUGUGUACCCUAACCUCUAUGUACUGCUGAAGCUUGCCUGUACAAUCCCUGUCACGUCUUGUGAGUGUGAGCGCAGCGCCAGUGCACUUCGCAGACUGAACACUUACAUGCGGGCGUCCAUGAGUAAGAUGAUGAGUUCUAAGAUCACAUGUUCAGCUUCAGGCAAGAGUAAUAAUUGGGGUGCAUUUUAG